AUGUUUGAAACAGGUACAAGGAAAAGAUUUCGCAGACCAGCAACCGCCGCCCCAUCGAUCUCGAACGAUCAGGAAGUCUCCGCUAGCGUGAACAGAUUCAAGGUCACGCGAAACCGUAUCAGUAACAAAAACAAAAAGAAUGAAAUCCAGACUGGUAAAUCAGAGGAUUACAAGCUUGUAUGUUACUAUACAAACUGGUCCCAAUAUCGCACGAAAAUUGGAAAGUUCAUGCCAGAAGACAUACAGCCAGACUUGUGUACCCACAUCGUUUUCGCGUUCGGCUGGUUGAAGAAGAACAAGCUAACCAGCUUCGAGUCGAACGAUGAAACGAAAGAUGGAAAAACUGGAUUGUACGAACGGAUCGUUAACUUAAAGAAAGCUAAUCCUUCUUUGAAAAUUUUACUCGCCAUCGGUGGUUGGUCGUUUGGCACGCAAAAGUUCAAAGACGUGUCCUCGACGAGGUACGCAAGGCAGACAUUCAUCUACAGUGCCAUUUCGUAUCUGCGAGAUCGAAACUUCGAUGGCCUCGACAUCGACUGGGAAUAUCCAAAAGGAGGCGAUGACAAGAAGAAUUACGUACUUUUGUUGAAAGAGCUUCGAGAAGCAUUCGAAGCAGAAGCUCAAGAAAAGAAAAUGCCAAGACUUCUUCUGACAGCUGCUGUACCAGUUGGGCCUGACAACGUGAAGAGUGGAUAUGAUGUACCAGCAGUCGCAAGUUAUCUAGAUUUCAUCAACCUAAUGGCGUACGAUUUCCAUGGGAAAUGGGAACGGGAGACUGGUCACAAUGCACCCUUGCACGCCUCGUCGCUGGACUCCGAGUGGCAGAAACAACUGAGCGUGGACAACGCUGCUUCCAUGUGGGUCCGUCUGGGCGCCCCUAAGGAGAAACUGAUCAUCGGCAUGCCGACCUACGGCCGAUCCUUCACUCUCUCGAACGCGGCCAAUUUCCGUGUUCAUGCACCUGCCAGUGGCGGUGGGAAGGCCGGCGAAUACACCAAGGAAUCCGGCUUUCUUGCCUAUUACGAGAUCUGCGAGAUGUUGCGAAACGGAGGUGCCUAUGUCUGGGAUGACGAGAUGAAGGUACCAUACAUGGUGUACAAUGACCAGUGGGUGGGCUUCGACGACGAGAAAUCCAUUCGAUUGAAAAUGGAUUGGCUGAAGAACAAGGGCUACGGUGGCGCCAUGGUGUGGACGGUGGACAUGGACGACUUCAACGGCACUGUUUGCGGCGGAAAUGUCAGGUACCCCUUAAUCGGAGCAAUGAGGGAGGAAUUGCUCGGAAUUUCGAGGGGCUCGAGCGCCAAGGACAUUGAUUGGACGGCUGUGGCUAGCACCGUGUCUGAGAGCAUAUUGAAGAAACCUGAACCGUACAAGAUAUUGGUCUCGGAUGUCAUUAACAAGGCGAAGAAAGUUCAGAAAUCAACGAGCCAGCUCGUCAUUAAUCCUCCUACUAAUGAAAGAGCAGCCCAAUCUAUGUGUUACUUGACGAAUUGGUCGCACAGAAGACCUGGAUCUGGAAAAUUCCUACCAGAGGACAUAGACCCUACUCUCUGCACUCAUAUAGUCUACUCGUUCGCGACCUUGAAAAAUUACCUGCUCGCGGAAGAAACUGAAAAGGAUGCCGAAAUGUACGAACGCUUGAUUGCAUUAAGGAACAAGAAUCCUGAUAUUAAGAUAUUAUUGGCAAUCGGUGGUUGGGCUUUCGGAUCAACCCCAUUCAAGGAACUCACCAGUAACACUUUCCGUAUGAAUCAAUUCAUAUAUGAGGCCAUCGAUUUCCUCAGAGAAUACAAAUUUGACGGUCUAGACGUCGAUUGGGAAUACCCACGGGGUGGUGAUGAUCGAACAGCCUAUGUGAAUCUUCUGAAGGAACUUCGACUUGCUUUCGAGGGCGAAGCAAAUAGUUCUGGACAACCAAAAUUAAUCUUAUCAGCCGCGGUACCAGCUAGUUUCGAGGCUAUUGCUGCAGGGUACGAUGUGCCAGAAAUAUCCAAAUAUUUGGACUUCAUUAACGUGAUGACAUACGAUUUUCAUGGCCAAUGGGAGAGGCAAGUUGGUCACAAUAGUCCUCUGUUUCCCCUAGAAAGUGCUACAAGUUACCAGAAAAAACUGACAGUGGAUUAUAGCGCGAGGGAGUGGGUGAAACAAGGUGCUCCAAAAGAGAAGCUAAUGAUCGGUAUGCCGACUUAUGGCAGAUCUUUCACGUUAGUGGAUAAAGAGAAGUUUGAUAUUGGAGCACCAGCUUCAGGUGGAGGAACAGCUGGAAACUUCACCAAUGAAUCCGGAUUCCUCUCAUACUAUGAGAUUUGCAGCUUUUUGAACGAAGAGAAUACUACUCUAGUCUGGGACAGCGAGCAGCAGGUACCUUUCGCAUACAGAGAUGACCAGUGGGUUGGAUUUGAUGAUGAAAGGAGCCUUAUAAAUAAGAUGCAAUGGCUCAAAGAUGAAGGCUUUGGAGGUAUAAUGAUCUGGUCAGUGGAUAUGGAUGACUUUAGGGGAUCUUGCGGGGCUGGCAAAUAUCCAUUGAUAAAAGCUAUGAUGAAAGAGCUACGAGACUACAAAGUGAAAUUGGAAUACGACGGUCCUUAUGAAUCUCAUUUGAGAAAUGGGAGGUACACCACCAAAGAUCCGAACGAAGUGAGCUGUGAUGAGGAGGACAACCAUAUAUCUUAUCAUCCCGAUAAGAACGAUUGUACCAUGUAUUACAUGUGUGAAGGCGAAAGAAAGCACCAUAUGCCCUGCCCGGUGAAUUUGGUAUUCAACCCUAAUGAAAAUGUCUGCGAUUGGCCUGAGAACGUAGACGGUUGUGUGCAACACACGCAGGCGCCACCUGUGUAAAGAGAAAGGAAACAGAAAGGAAAGAGACAAAAAUUACGCCUAUUUAAGAAUAUUCUGUGGUUCGCGGUUGUACUGUAAAAUGCGAAAACAUACGUGCGACGUAACGUUGAUUAAAAAGUCAUUCGAAAUUCAUCGAAGAAUACGAUAAUCACCAAUCGACGAGAAGUUUUGUUGUCACGAAAUCUCUUUUCAUUCGAAAAUUUUAAUUGCUCCUAAUUUCAAUUUCCCUCUUCCUUUUCCUCUAAA